UUUUACAAGAGCAUAGAAGCACCGUGAAAGUGUUAUCAGAGCUGGUUGUUGAUAUUGUCGGGUAAUAGUGCACCUACACGCCUUCAUCGACGUUGUUUUUUAACCGGAAGACCUAGAGCUAACUAUCGAGACUUUGGGCUAUCCGGACACAUACUUCGAGAAAUGGUUUAUGCAUGUUUGUUACCGGGUGCAACAAGAUCCAGUUGAUGGUACGUUGCUCCGCUUGGUUCAAGGUGCGCUUGAUCCCUUGCAGCAAUUCGUAGCGGACGGAUGCCACCUCACCAGGAGAACCGGACAGAGCAUCCGAGAUGCUGGGUUCUCGAGUCUGAGCCUGGACGGUGUCCGACUGUCGAACGCCUACAUCAUUAGCCCUCAUGUUUAUGGCGUAGCCUGCAAGUGAGCCCAUCUCUAUGCCGGGAGCCGGGAUUCCCUGUCCAUAAGAAAAGGGCGUAAAAAGGUUGUUGGAGAGGACGUAAAGAGGUUAUGUUCUUGGAGCUACUCUGCUUUGUUGUUGAUCUUGAUUUCCUUAGACUUGGGAUGGAUUUGAAAGGAAUGGAGCCGCAGAUCUGACGGGCCCAACGGAGUCUGGAUUCGCUGCUGGGCUGGUUGGUUGUCUCCGUUUGGCGCGGGGACUCUGGAAGGUUCAUGGCCCUCCUCCGUUCAAUCAAUGCAGACAGCUGACAGCCAGACAGUACUGCCCACCCGGCCGCGUGACCCAGCACGGAGAGGAGCAGACUGCAGGUGGCCGGCCACAGCGAGGGACCUGCAACUGCAACUGCAUGGCUGACGCCGCAGGACACUUGCGCGUUUCGCUGCGUCGUUCAUGCGACACGUAUCGCUCGGACGCAGUCUACAGUGCGUACGGCGCUACGCCGGUGGCUUCGCAGUUGGAACCGUGCUGCCGUUGGAGCGGCCAUCGGGACGUGGCUUGUGGCCCCACGGGUUCGAAUCGAUGCGCUUUGCUUCCGUAGGUCACGGCUCACGGGUCCCUCUCCCGUCUCUGCAAAAGCUCCCGCCGCGGCCAGCAGCAGCAGCAGCCCGUCAAAAACGAUUUGCCAACCUUGAAGACAAAUGAAUCUGUUAAAAACGAUCUGCAUGCGCGGGUUUCUCGUCCGACCAUUUUAAAACGUUGGAAACCCUAGGAAUCUGCUCCGGUUUUGUGGGUGACGACGUGAGGUGCUGGUGCUGCUCGCCCGUGUGGGCUUCGGACAAGGGACAGACUAUUUUCUGUGCAGGACUUCGGCAUGCACAGGUGGGGCCGGGCGGGCGCUCGGCGCUCUGAAUCGGAAGGGAACUCGGCAGAGGGAGCAUGUGCCUGUGCGUGUCCCGUGUUGGCUUGCUAUUUCUGAUUUCUCGCACAACCUGACGGAUUGAAGCGAAUGGACAAUGGAGCCCCACACAGUCUGCAACUGCCAGCCUGCUGCUAUGGUGCUCCACGCCCCCGCCCAGGCUGCAAUUGCAAUCCUGCUGCUCCUGUAGGGCGGUGGGCCUACGCUAACGGUAAGAAUUAAAAAAAUUAAGGAAUAUGUUAACCUCAGCCCAGUGACAGCGUACUGAUCUGUGGCAAAAGUGUCAGCAACGAGCCAACCAUCGGCAUAGUAAAAUGGAAGAGAAUUGUGGCUAAUGUAAGAUAAUACUGUUACAAAAUAUUUGUACAUGUGAUCUAAUCCAUCCAUGUGACAGUUAUUUCUAAGGGACACACCCCUUGGGAACACUUGUAUAUAUACUACCCUGUCUGCAAUAAAGAAACCAUCCCUGCCAUUUGUCUCAUUCUCUCCUGUCUCUCCACUGAUUCACCACUGAGCACUGCAAUAGACCACAAUACGUUAUCAGCACUGUCUCAAGGAGAAAUCAGAGUAGGGAAAGAGGAAGAACACGCGGUUCUUGACAAGAACAGCAAGAUCGAUCUGCACAUCAACAGCAAGGUAUGAAACAUACCGUUUCCAUGCGCAUACGCCGUAUGCGCGAAGUUCUUCAUAUUGUUGAUGAUGCGAUGUUGGAAGCGUUCACCGUUGGGCAAGCCGCAGCGCUUCCACCGGUGCACGCGAUCCCUGAACGCCGUGUGCAAGUGCAAAAUGUGCACUUCUGUGUUAUCCAUGGAUGGACAGCGGUGGUUCCGCUGCCGGUGGUGGAGUGUGGACUCCCCACUGCAUCCCCGUCGCCACCGGUGCCGGUCGUUGACGUGGGAUCGUCUGCAUCCGCUCCUAUGGACGUCAAUUUGGAGGCACCACCGCCACCUGCAGCGGCAGUUGCUCGUCGUUCGCCAUCUCCACCAGUGUCUAUGGUCGUCGGGACCAUCGCUGCCCGUCGUGGGCAGCCUGCUCGCGCUGUUGAUGCCCCGAGAGGCUGCAUCAUCUUCACCGACCAUCACCCAAAUGGGGUGGCCUCAUCUUCCUCCUCCAAUCGGAGGGCCUAAUGGCCCUCGAUCCGGCCGCCACGUCGGCCUCAUCUUCCUCCUCCAAUCGGAGGGCCUAAUGGGCCUAAUGAUCCUCCAAUCGGAGGGCCUAAUGCCAAAAGUUAUGGGGUUGUACUAUACAUAUAUUAAGAGCAAUGCACAUGUUGCAUACAAGGUAAUUUUCCAAGAUGUUGAUGCAUUCCAGAUUUGGCAUGAUCGACUUGGUCAUCCUGGCGUAGGGAUGAUGAGGAAAAUUACAGGCAAUUCAAUUGGUCAUAAUUUGCCCACAACAAGUUUUCCCAAAUCUCAGGAUUUUGUUUGCACCGCAUGUGCAACUGGGAAACUUAUUUUGAGACCAUCAUAUCUCAAAAUUAAAGCUGAACCGCUUAAAUUCCUUGAAAGGAUUCAAGGAGAUAUUUGUGGGCCAAUUAUACCAACUUCUGGGCCGUUCAGGUAUUUCAUGGUACUGAUUGACACAUCUACUAGAUGGUCACAUGUGUGUUUACUAUCAACACGCAACCAUGCAUUUGCCAAGAUAAUAUCUCAAAUUAUCAAGUUAAAGGCAAAUUUUCCUGAACAUCGGAUUAGUUCAAUCCGAAUGGACAAUGCUGCUGAAUUCAAAUCUCAGGCAUUCAAUGAUUAUUGUAUGGCGCUGGGGAUUCAAGUACAGCACUCGGUACCGUAUGUCCACACCCAGAAUGGUUUGGCUGAGUCACUAAUCAAGAGGAUUAAACUCAUAGCAAGGCCAUUAUUGAUGAAUUGCAAAUUGCCUUCGUCGUGUUGGGGUCAUGCAGUUCUGCACGCUGCUGACCUUAUACAAUUACGACCAACUGCAUACCAUUCAACAUCCCCAAUACAAAUGGUACGUGGAAAUCCUCCAAGUAUUUCCCAUUUGCGCAAAUUUGGAUGUUGUGUAUACAUUCCAAUCUCACCACCUCAGAGAACAGCUAUGGGCCCACACAGGAAAGUGGGGAUCUAUGUGGGAUUUCAAUCUCCGUCGAUCAUUAAGUAUUUAGAACCCUUAACAGGGGAUCUAUUUACAGCCCGUUUUGCUGACUCUAUUUUUGAUGAGGAACAUUUCCCGGCAUUAGGGGGAGAAUUUAAGUACCAAAAAGAAUGCCAGGAAAUAAAUUGGAAUACUCAAUGUGUUCCAGGUUCUGAUCCACGUACUUCAGAAACUGAACUGCAAGUUCAGAAAAUUAUACAUUUGCAAAGACUUGCAAAUGAACUGCCAGAUGCAUUCACUAAUUACAAAGGUGUCACUAAAUCAUUCAUUCCUGCUAGGAAUGCACCAGAAAGAGUGGAAGUACCGAAUAAGGCCACUCAACUCCUAGAGAGGAGAAGUAUGGUGAAUAAGCGCUGUUCUGUUGCCAAGAAGCAAAGAACAAUAGUGAAUGCAAAAGGACACCAAAAUGAUACAAUGUAUCAUGUGGAUUGUGAUGAUCCACAACCCAGCUCGGAUGUGCACAUAACCGAGGCUGGGACAUCGGAAAAUCCUAGACACAUCAAUUUGGGAAAUUCUGAUGAGUCUCUAAGGAAUGAUGAAAUUGCCAUCAACUAUGUUGAGACUGGUGAAACAUAUGAUAGAAAAGCUACCAAUGUCGACAUAUAUUUCUCCGAGCAGAUUGCUGAGGACCUUCAAAAUGAUCUAGAUCCAAAGACCAUGGCAGAGUGCAGUAAGCGCUCGGAUUGGAUCAAAUGGAAGGCAGCAAUCGAAGCGGAGUUAGCCUCGCUUUACAAAAGAGAAGUUUUCUCUGCUGUAAUACCUACACCACGUGAUAUCUUCCCUGUGGGAUAUAAGUGGGUUUUCAUUCGGAAACGAAAUGAAAAUGGUGAGGUAGUGAGAUACAAAGCAAGGCUAGUAGCACAAGGGUUUACACAAAGACCCGGCGUUGAUUUCAACGAAACUUAUUCAACAGUCAUGAGUGCAAUAACAUUCCGAUAUUUAAUAUCUUUGGCAGUGCAAAAUCGUCUAUCUUUGCAGUUGAUGGACGUAGUGACCGCAUAUCUUUAUGGGUCACUGGAUUCUGAUAUGUACAUGAAAGUUCCUGAUGGAAUAGAUGUACCGAAUCCAAAGACAAAGUGCAACAUGUAUUGUGUAAAGUUGCCGAAGUCAUUAUAUGGCUUAAAACAAUCGGGCAGAAUGUGGUACAACCGAUUGAGUGAAUUCCUUUUGAGUAAGGGAUACACGAAAAAUGAUGAUUGCCCGUGCGUCUUCAUCAAAAGAUCCAAAGUGGGAUUCUGUAUCAUAUCAGUUUAUGUUGAUGACCUUAACAUCAUAGGUAAUAAACUUGAUAUUGAUGAAGCACGUCAUCAUUUAACGACGGAAUUUGAGAUGAAGGAUUUGGGUAAAACCAAAUUUUGCUUAGGUCUACAACUUGAGCAUUUACCUUCUGGAAUCCUUGUACAUCAAAGUACAUAUACCCAAAUGGUAUUGGAAAAAUUCAAUAUGCAUAUGUCUUAUCCUUCAAAGACUCCUAUGGUGGUCAGAUCCUUGGAUUUAAAGAAAGAUCCAUUCAGACCACAGGAUGAUGAAGAACAGACAUUGGGACCGGAGUUCCCAUAUCUCAGUGCUAUUGGUGCAUUGAUGUAUCUUGCUAACAAUACCCGGCCGGAUAUUGCUUUUGCAGUAAAUUUGUUAGCAAGGCACAGUUCUGCCCCCAACGAAAAGACACUGGGUUGGCAUUAAGAAUAUUUUCCGAUACCUAAAUGGCACAAAGGAUCUAGGACUCUUUUACAAGAGAAGUAAUGAUCGUAGUU